AAGUAGAAAAUAGAAAUGAUUAUGAGAUCAAUAUGCAAUGUGCUCAUUCUCCAGGCACGGGAUGUGCGGACAAAUGAGGUGGUGGCCAUCAAGAAGAUGUCUUAUAGUGGAAAGCAGUCCAGUGAGAAAUGGCAAGACAUAAUCAAGGAGGUGAAAUUCCUGCAGCGAAUACAACACCCCAACAGCAUUGAGUACAAAGGAUGUUACCUGCGAGAGCACACAGCCUGGCUCGUAAUGGAGUACUGUCUUGGCUCAGCCUCAGAUUUGUUAGAAGUUCACAAGAAACCCCUGCAAGAAGUUGAAAUAGCUGCAAUUACCCACGGUGCUCUUCAAGGUUUGGCUUAUCUUCACUCCCACAACAUGAUUCACCGAGAUAUCAAAGCAGGAAACAUCUUGCUGACGGAGCCUGGGCAGGUGAAACUGGCAGAUUUUGGUUCUGCCUCUAUUGCCUGUCCCGCCAACUCCUUUGUUGGGACUCCAUAUUGGAUGGCCCCAGAAGUUAUUUUAGCCAUGGAUGAGGGACAGUAUGAUGGAAAGGUGGACAUUUGGUCAUUGGGGAUAACUUGCAUUGAAUUAGCUGAGAGGAAACCUCCACUGUUCAACAUGAAUGCAAUGAGUGCCUUAUACCAUAUAGCACAGAAUGAAAGCCCCAUGCUGCAGUCUAGUGAAUGGACGGAUUAUUUCCGAAACUUUGUAGACUCUUGCCUUCAGAAAAUUCCCCAGGAUAGACCGAACUCUGAAGAGCUCUUAAAGCAUGCAUUUGUCCAACGUGAGCGACCAGAAUCAGUUCUUAUAGACCUCAUAAGUCGGACCAAGGAUGCAGUACGAGAGCUGGACAAUCUGCAGUAUCGUAAAAUGAAGAAAAUAUUGUUUCAGGAAGCCCACAAUGGCCCAACAACAGAGGCACAAGAUGAGGAGGAGGAGCCAGAGCACAGUGUGAGCAGGACGGGUACAGUGAACAGCGUGGGGAGCAACCAGUCCAUUCCCAGCAUGUCGAUCAGUGCCAGUUCGCAAAGCAGUUCAGUAAACAGCCUGACAGAUGCAGGAGAUGACAAGAGUGAGGUAGACAUGGAGGGAGAUCACACAGUCAUGUCCAAUAGCUCUGUGAUUCAUCUGAAACCAGAGGAACAGCAGACAUAUAACGAAGAGUCAGAACCUAACACCAGGCAAACCGAGCCACAGUCUCAACCUGCACAAACUCCAAGGCCAAAACGGAACCGCGAGCACUUUGCUACUAUUCGUACAGCCUCAGUGCUCACUCGGCAGAUUAAGGAGCAUGAGCAGGAUUCUGAGUUGAGAGAGCAGAUAUUAGGCUACAAGCGUAUGAGGCGGCAGCACCAGAAACAGCUGAUGGCUCUGGAAAACAAGCUGAAGGCUGAGAUGGAUGAGCACAGACUCCGUUUGGACAAGGAGCUGGAGAACCAGAGGAAUAGCUUUGCCCAGGAGAUGGAGAAACUGAUAAAGAAGCACCAGGCGUCCAUGGAGAAAGAUGCAAAAACUUUUAGUAAUGAUGAAAAGAAGUUCCAACAACAUAUUCAGAGUCAGCAAAAGAAAGAGCUUAACAGCUUCCUAGAGUCUCAAAAAAGAGAGUACAAGCUUCGCAAGGAGCAACUCAAAGAGGAGUUGAAUGAAAACCAGUCAACACCCAAGAAAGAGAAGCAGGAGUGGUUGGCAAAGCAAAAGGAGAACUUCCAACACUUCCAAGCAGAGGAAGAGGCCAACUUACAGCGCAGACAGAGGCAGUAUCUGGACCUAGAGUGCCGCAGGUUCAAACGGAGGAUCCUGAUUGCUCGCCAUAACAUUGAGCAGGACUUAGUGCGUGAGGAAUUAAGUAAGCGUCAGACCCAGAAGGACUUGGAACAUGCCAUGCUACUCCGGCACCACGAAUCCAUGCAGGAGCUGGAGUUCCGCCAGCUCAACACCAUCCAAAAGACGAGGGCUGAGCUGAUCCGCCUGCAGCACCAGACUGAGCUCACCAACCAACAGGAGUACAACAAGAGGAGGGAGAGGGAACUUCGGCGUAAGCACGUAAUGGAGGUUCGCCAGCAACCCAAGAGCCUCAAGUCCAAAGAGCUACAGAUCAAGAAACAGUUCCAGGACACAUGUAAAAUCCAGACCCGGCAGUACAAAGCACUGAGGAACCACCUCUUGGAGACCACACCAAAGUCAGAGCACAAGGCUGUCCUUAAGCGGCUGAAGCAGGAGCAGCACCGAAAACUCGCCAUCCUGGCAGAGCAGUAUGAUCACUCAAUCAACGAGAUGCUUUCCACACAGGCGCUACGUCUGGAUGAGACUCAGGAGGCUCAGUGCCAAGGCCUACGAAUGCAACUACAGCAGGAGCUGGAGCUUCUCAAUGCCUACCAGAGCAAGAUCAAGAUGCAGACGGAUGCCCAGCACGACCGCGAGAGGAAAGAUCUGGAGCAGAGGGUGUCACUCCGAAGGGCCCUGCUGGAACAGAAGAUUGAGGAGGAGAUGAUGUCCCUGCAAAAUGAGUGCAUGGAGCGAAUCAGGAGCCUGCUGGAGCGCCAAGCUAGGGAAGUGGAGGCUUUUGACUCAGAGAGUAUGCGCCUUGGUUUCAGCAACAUGGUGCUAUCGGCUGUCUCUCCAGAGGGGCUCAGCAAUAGCUUUCCCGGGGCUCCAGGAAACUGGAGUCACCAUCAGCAGCAGCACCCACCAGGGGGCUCUCAAGGGCCACACUGGGGCAGUGGUGGCUCAGGUGCAGGGUCAAGCCACCAAGGCAGUCAUCACCACUAUCACUCCAGUCCUGGAGGAGCACCUAUGCAGCAAGGCUGGGGGCAGGGCAUGCAGGGAGGUGGGGCUCCGUCACCGUGGGGCCACCCAUCAGCUGCAGCACUGAUGUCCCGCAGCAGCGGAGGUGUACAGAACAGCCCCCAGGCGAUGGGGAGGACACCCUCAGGAGGGCGAAGCGAGCAGAGCAUGAGCAGGAGUACCAGUGUCACUUCUCAAAUAUCCAACGGGUCACAUCUCUCCUACACAUAAAUCUCGUGUCAGCUCCUGAGUUUGAGUGGGGAUGUAGAAUCCACUAACUGUGCAGGACAGCGUUUUGGCACUGAGCUUUGCUGCUCUGUCAGUCCCCACGCCUCUGUUUCUCCAGUGUACAGAUGUGGAUGUGUGAUAAAAAAAAAGUUGCUCAGGUCAAAAGGGCUGGAAAAGACGCAGCCCAUCCUCACUGCAGUUUAUCGAUAUGCAUACCGAACGUUAAAUUCAUGUUACAUUUGCAAUUUGAGUGUCAACAUAUAAAACUCCCAUUUGUUUUUAUCUACAGCUUUCUCCUGGGUAAUUUUAAAACUACAUGUUUUGUGCUUUUCACAGCCAUUGCUUUCAUUUUGCACAUCAGACACUGUUAAAAGCCUUUGGCAUGUGUUCACUGUGUCCUUUUAAGCAAUGUGGUAUCAAGCAUUUACAGGUCAAUGAUUUUAUUUAGUUUCCCUUCCUUUAAUUCCACUGAUUCAUCCUCAGUUAUACACUGGUUGAUGGUUAAAGCGCAGCAGAACUAUCUGAGGAUGUUGCUGUUGUGAUACCAGCCUGCUGUAAUGGUCAUAGUGAUUUAGUAGUUUUACUUCACCUUAUUUCCUGGGCAUCAGCCAAACUGAGACUUUGCAAAUUCAGAGCCAAAUAAUCUCAUCUCAACUGAUUAAGGCUUAUGCGACAACACUACUACAGUGCCUUUUAACCUUUGAUUAUAGAAAUCUUGCGCAGAUGUUUAUAGUUCAAUAUUUAAGAUUUCAUCUGUUAAUAAUCAGUGCCAGUGUAGGUUCAGUUCAGUCCAUGCUGUGAUUGUACUUGAGAGGACACAAAUGCUCAAUAUAUUCUGUUCACUGUGUUUGCAGUAAAGUUAGGUCAUUGCCUAUGAAUGGUGAGAAAUAGUUAAGUAUUUGUUUAUAUGAGUUAGGGUUAUAUUUAGAGUGGAGGUACUGUAGGGGUGAAUCCCUGCGUUACACAGAUUGUGAGUGUACACAUUCAAAAGGGGAAGAGUGAGGGGCUGAAAAAAAGGAGACUUGUUUGCCUUCAAAAACAAUUCUAGUGUUGAUCUGUUGAUUUGUAUUAGUGCCUUUUUAAAACUGCUGCCUUUCUGAAAGCACUUUAUACAGCAAAAUAUGUAUAAGUUUUUCACAGAGCACCUGGUGGAUGAGUGUUUUGUCGGUACGCCUUGAGUUAAGUCGAGGAGUCAAACUUAACUGUGCUGUGAUUUCUUCGAGGAGCAAUUUUCCCCAAGUAUAGGCAAGACCGAGUAGUGUAUGUCUACAUAAAGAAUGUGAGUGGAAGUUUUUACCCUCUUUCUGCAGAUUUACUGUUAAAACCUUGUUGUUGGUGUUACUUCUGAACUGUCAUUAAAAUAGAGGAGGCAAGGGUGCUUGAGGUACCAAAAAAAUCAUUAGGUUCAGGUAAACAGUUCUUGUUAUUGUCAUGACCAUGACAGCAGGCUUGGCAGUACUAAGAUAACAUAAAAACUUUGGGCUCAGUUAACUAACACUAAAAAACUUUUAAAGGUGCUUAGGAUGUUGCAGCAUCUUAACAGAACCCAGAACAAGGGUGGCUGAAUGGAUGAUAUUGUAGCACGUACAUGUAAAUGUAAAAUUACACACUAUGAAAACAGCCAAAUCCAAAACUAAUGAAAACAAAGCACUUAAGUACUCAUUUUAUGUUUUUAUCAGCACCUCUGAUAAAUAUCUGUUUUGCUCCCCACUUUUGCUUUUUUAUAUUGUUUGGUAAGUUUUUUUUUCCCUUUUAAGCUUUUAACAGAUUCUCUGUACAAGUUUUCAUCUCCAUACAGAGAAUUUAAACACUUUAGAAAGAAAGGCCUUCUUUGGAAGCUCUCUUAAGAAACUCCCCUGAAUCAUAAAGCUGGAGUGAAAUGUUCAUAUGUGUAUAUUUUAUGAAAGACUAAACUCACAUUUUAAGAAAAUUAUUUCUUAAACUAACUUUAUUUAACUGACAGACCACACUGAUUUAGCAAAAGCUUUCACUCUCUAAGUGAAAGAACUGUUGUCUGGAAGAUUUUCUCGGUUUGCGUGCACAGACAGAAUGCCUCACAUGCAUGUAUUUGCUGUCAUCUUCUUUAAAUACCACUUAAUUAUUCAGGCAGCCAUCUCUGAGCAUCAUCACUGCAGAGAUAACCCUCCUUCACUGCACCCAUUUGGCAUUUGUCCCCUUUUCCAUUCUAAUUCAGAGCCAUCUUUUCCCAUGCUGGCUCUCUGAAUGUCAUACUGUGAUGUAUAUUCCUAUCACAUCUGAGGACACAAAAAAUGUGGGGUCUUUUUCUUAACUAGGUGCGAUUUCUCACAUGUAUGUAUCCUUUCUAAAGUUCUGCAUUAUACCAAGUGACAUAUGGUUCAGUCCAAAAUGUCUAUAAUGCCAAGUGAGUUGUUCAAGCUACUGUGACAAAGCAGGUUACAGUUCUUAUUCAUUAUUUGAUGAGGAAAAUGGGAAUGUAUUUAUAAUGAUGAGACCUUAAGUCAAAACCAUGGCCAAGAGUUUGAAUGUUCGGCCAGAGAAACCUCACAUACAUGCCAACCUUUGAGUUUGUAUGCACAGUUCAUGUUAGCUUUCAUGUCAAUAUUGUGUGCGAGGGAGUCUUGGUAAUGUUGUCAAUCAUUGUCAGUCGAGGCCAUUCUACCAGCCUGGGUUUUAUUUUUUAUUGUCAUUUUAUUACUUUGAUGUCAACUUUUAUUCUACUGACUGAAAGCAUAACUGAAACAGAACAGGCAACAGAAAACAGCAAUCUUUUUUUAUGGUCAAACACUGUGCCAUACCCGAGUUGCCAAGCCCAGAUACCACUGCAUCUUCUCAUCUUCAUCAUAAUCAUCACGGCUGAUGACAUGAAAUGUAUGAAAAAUAAAACCAAGGUGGUUCUGGACUAGUGGCCAAAGAGAAAUAAAGGCUUAGAAAAAGGAUGAGGUGACAGGCAAAUGAUGAAAAGAGAUUGCAUUUCUUUGAAGAUGUCAGUAUUCUUCUUUGGCACAUUACCACUACAACUCAUAACCUGUAUUAAACUGUAUAGAUGGUGGAAGUUGUUUUUGAAUGUCAGAGAGAUUAUGAAGAUAGUACAUAAAAGAUGGUUAAGUGCUAAAAGUGGAUUUAAAUUUUUGUAUAAAGACACAAAACAGAAUAAGAAUAGGAUCAAAUUUAUUAUUUGUUUGUAUUAUAUUUACCAUUGUGUUGGCAGAGGGAUAUUGAACAGAAAUCAGCUGUAAU